AUGGCUUCAGCUUCUCAGUUUCUCCAGGAGUGUGAUCGCUCAUCCCAGCACUGUGGAGAUUUAGCCACAGCAGCUCUGCAGUCCUGGGCUGUUGCUGUCUGGAGGUGUGGAAAGGCGAACACCGCAAGUGGAAGAUCUGAGAACCCUUCUCAUGGAACACAUGUAGGUGGCACCCAGAACGCAGUGACCUACAAUGAUGUGCAUGUGAACUUCACUGGAGAAGAGUGGGCUUUGCUGGAUCCUUCUCAGAAGAAUCUCUACAAAGAUGUGAUGCUGGAGACCUACUGGAAUCUGUCUGCUAUAGGCUACAAUUGGGAAGAUCAUAAUAUUGAAGAGCAUUGUCAAAGUUCUAGGAUACAUGGGAGGUAA